UUUGAGAUGGUGUUGAGGCUAAUCUUUACACAGUACACAUGCAACCUAUAGCGCUCUGAGCUGCAAAACUGCAAUCCGCGCACUCUCUGCUCGCGAUUUACGACUGCAAAGCCAAACCACCGUCAUAUUUUCCUAAGAUAUUUCUUUGUUCCAAGGGAAAGAAGGCGAAGUAAAUGGAUAAUUGAUUUCCCGAUUCUUGUGGCGUGAAACUUACAGCAAAGUCUGGAGAGCACGGUCCGGGGUGGUGGAACAGGUUUUCUUUUAGCCGAAGGGACCUGGUAGUUAAAGCUUCCACGUUUCAGUCCUCUUAAACUUGACUUCGCUCUCCUCUUGGUUGGUUGUCAAUGUUCUUUGUUUACUUGGCAGUAUUUGCCUCAGCAAGGUUUGUAAAAUUUGGUUCUGAAAUUGUUGGGGUUAAAUUGAAAUGGGUUGCGUAGUUAUGACAAAUGCUCAAAUGGGUGUCUCUUAUUUUGAAAGAUAUGGUGCUUUUGCUUCAAAUUAUUCCUUCAAUUCGUUCUCUUCGUAUGAGCUUUUGAUCCCUCGUAAACCCAUAUGUCGUAUUGGUUUUACUGUUAGGAAGAAUGAGAAGAAGGUUCCCAUUUUUGGUUUUAAAUUUCGAAAUUCAAAUACAAUUAAUGCUCUUUUGAAGGAAGAGUCGGACAAUAGGUUGGUCAGUGGUGGGCUUCUUGAGAAGGAGCUCGAAUUUAAGCCAUCUUUCGAUGAGUGUUUGAAAGCUAUGGAAUCGGUCAGGGUUUCUAGGGACAAAAGGCACGCUAAUAAUAAUUCUAAAAAACAGAAGCCGAAUAAUAAUUUGACGGGAAAGGGUGUCUUCAGGAGACCACCAAUGGAAGGAGGUGAAGAAAAGGUGAACUUGGAGGGGUCUGGUCGGUGUUCAGAUCAAGAGAAUGCAUUUAAAGUUGUAAGACAAGAACGGUUGUCUAUAAAUGCCUAUGGAGUCAUGAACAAAGAAAGCCAGUUCAGAGGUAAACUCAGUUACAAAGGGAGAGAACGUAGAGAGUUUAAGAAUGAUCUUGAUCCCAAAGAUGGCGACAUAAAUGCUAAAUCGAGGAAGAUUCCCAGGGAAGAAACGACAAAGGGAGUACUGGCGACACACCGUACUAGUCAUAUAGAACAACAAUUGGAUGACUCCAACUUGAGAAGAAGUCCAAAGGCUCACAAUGUUCAAGAAAGCUCAAGGGCAUUGGCUUCUGUUAGGAGCAAGCGCCAUAAUAUUGGCAUAGAAGGGGAGACUCUUUAUGAUGCAAGUUCCUCGGGUAUGCUGAGGAAAAAGGGGGCUGACCCUAGCCGAUGGGAUCACAAAUCAAUCCGAAAAAGCUACAAGGAAGAGAGAGUUGGUGGUGGAAGAGACAAGGAAAUAGGCGGCAGAAUUGAGAGGAACUACAUCCGUGCUAAAGACAAUACUGACCAUGAGUUUGUUCAGAACAAUCGGAAAUAUAGGAGAAGCAGUAAUGUUUACUCAGAAAGAGUUGAUGAUGAUGGUUUGGAGGUGGAAAGAGCUGCCUUCAAGAAUUUUGAUGAAUUCAAUGACAUUAUGGACAAACCGCAAGUUUCAAAGAUGGAAAUGGAAGAGAGAAUCCAGAAGUUAGCCAACCGGUUGAAUGGUGCAGACAUAGACAUGCCUGAAUGGAUGUUUGCUAAGACAAUGCGAAGUGCUAGGAUCAGAUUCUCAGAUCAUUCUAUAUUGCGUGUAAUUCAGAUACUGGGAAAACUAGGAAAUUGGAGGCGGGUGCUACAAGUGAUUGAGUGGCUUCAAAUGCGUGAGCGGUUCAAAUCCCACAAGCUCAGAUUUAUAUAUACCACUGCACUUGAUGUACUUGGGAAGGCAAAUAGACCUGUGGAGGCACUCAAUAUCUUUCAUUCAAUGCUGCAACACAUGUCUUCGUAUCCCGACUUAGUUUCUUAUCAUUGUCUUGCUGUCGCUCUUGGACAAGCGGGUUAUUUGAAGGAACUGUUUCAUGUGAUUGAUAUCAUGCGAUCUCCUCCCAAGAAGUUCAAAACUGGGGCACUUGGGAAGUGGGACCCACGGUUGGAACCAGAUAUCAUUGUUUACAAUGCGGUCCUAAAUGCUUGUGCUCAACAAAAACAAUGGGAGGGAGCAUUUUGGGUUUUGCAGCAGUUAAAGCAACAAGGCCAACAGCCUUCUUCUUCAACUUAUGGACUUGUCAUGGAGGUGAUGUUUGCAUGCAGCAAGUACAACUUAGUUCACGAAUUUUUCAGGAAAUUGCAGAAAUCUUCUAUUCCAAAUGCUUUAACAUAUAAAGUUGUGGUGAAUACAUUUUGGAAAGAAGGUAAAACAGAUGAGGCUUUGUUUGCCGUUCAAGACAUGGAAAGACGAGGAAUAGUAGGUUCUGCAUCUCUUUAUUAUGACCUUGCUCGCUGUCUUUGUAGUGCUGGAAGGUGCGAAGAAGCAUUAGAGCAGAUUGAGAAGAUUUGUAACGUUGCAAAUAAGCCUCUAGUAGUGACUUUCACUGGCUUAAUUCAAGCUUGUCUCAAUGCCGGAAACAUUCAAGAUGGAGCAUUGAUUUUCAACAAAAUGCACAACUUUUGCUCCCCAAAUCUUGUUACCUGUAAUAUAAUGCUGAAAGCAUACCUAGCACAUGGGAUGUUUGAAGAGGCAAAAGAGCUGUUCCAUAAGAUGUCAGAAGAUGGGAACCGUAUCAGCAGGAUAUCUGAUUACAAGGUUCGAGUAAUACCGGAUAUCUACACAUUCAACACCAUGUUAGAUGCAUGCAACACAGAGAAGAGGUGGGAUGAUUUUGAGAAUAUAUACAAGCGGAUGCUGCACCAUGGAUAUCAUUUCAAUGAAAAGCGCCAUCUUCGGAUGAUAUUGAAUGCUUCUAGAGCUGGAAAGGAAGACCUACUGGAAACAACUUGGAAUCAUUUGGUUCGGGCGGGUAGGACUCCACCAACUUCUCUCGUCAAAGAAAGGUUUUCCGUGAAAAUAGAGAAUGAUGAUUAUACUGCUGCUCUUUCAUCAAUUGCUAGUCAUACCAUGAGCGAGUCGCAGGCAUUCUCUAAGGUGGCAUGGUUGAAUUUACUCAAGGCAAGUGCUCACAGGUUUCGGAGGGAUGCUCUUUUUCGGUUAAUAGAUGAGAUUAGCAUACUUAUUAACAGAAGUGAAUCGCCAAACCCAGUAUUUCAGAAUCUGUUAUCAGCUUGUAAAGAAUUUUGUAGGACUCAGAUGACAUUAGCUGAGAUUAAACAAAUAGAACCUGUCUAUACAAACUGAAUUAGCUUUAAAACCUUGAUAAAGUAUUUAAACGUGUUCAUC